AUGUGAAUAAACUCAAACGACGGAAGUGCUUUGGAGUUUCUAAAAUAAGAGCUGACUUCACUGGAGUUGACUGUCAACGAUCGAGAUAAUUCGCAGGUAUAGAUCAGCGAUCAGGCGAUAGGUAUCUUUUGGAGCGAACGUUAGAAGCGAUGGGUCGUAGCGAAUGUUGGCAUACGAAAGGCUGCAAAUUAUUAAGAUUAUGCUCAAAACACAGAGGCAACGGACCAGCAGAAGCAGCGGAGAAGGAAAAGGCAAAGAAUCACAGCCAGUACUGACAGAAACACAAAACAAUGAACAUCAAAGAAGCAGCAGUGAGAGGGGAACUAAACCGACAGACGACCGAGCAACAGAGCAGAAAGAGAAGAGAGAGAAAGAGAGCGAGAGCAUGAUGCGAGGCCGCUGACCCCAAUUUGUUGUUUGUAUGGUAUCUCUGGGUUUAGUUUACCACCAACAGCUUAACUCUAGUGGGGAUGGGCGG